AUGAUUGGAGAAGAAAUGGGUAAAGUUGAAGAUUGUAUUUCGAUCUAUAAAAUUGAGUCAGCAUUUUAAGACCUUAUAAAACGAAUUCAAAAGAAGAUAAAGAAAUUUCAACAUUUGAAAAAUGUAAUGGAUGACCCAAUUCUAAUGAAAAACAUUUUAGAAAAAGGUAAAACUAUCCUUAGAUAUCCGAUCCUUAGGUUAGGAUGGAGAAUAUAGGACUAGGAGAGGGAAUAAUCGAAUUUAGAAGGGUGAUAAAAAAUUAUAUCAAUGCAAAGUCUGUUAAAAGACAUAUCAUAAAUCAUAANUAAUGAAUAAUUCUUUCGACUUGUUAGAAAUAACAUUUUUUUAAAUGAACCUAAUUUGUCAGUUUUAAUAUGAAUUCGAAUAAUUAGGAAUUGCUUAUUAAGAUAAAUUGUUUGAUCUUGUUUAAUCAAUAGUGCAGACAUCUCAUCUAUCAAAUCUAGUGCAAUUUCUUUCGCAAGAGAUAUGGGUGUCUAUAAAGAUAAAGAUUAUAGAAUGAACUUAUACAAGAUUUUUGCAAGGAUAAAACAAAGAGAAUAUAAAUGGAAGCUUGAUUAACUAUCUUGUAAGUCUAUGAAUUGCCAUAUAGAUGUAGGGUUGGUCUAAAAUGGCAAGCGGAAUGAAGGAUACAAAUUUAAAGUUACAAAAUUAAGUAUUAACGAAAAAAUAGCCUAAAACUAGAGAAGGAAUGAAACUGUAUUUGUUUAUGGUUAAUAACUAUGGAGUAUUCAUAGCUUAGUUUAGUCAAGAAUUAAAUUGCCAUGA